UAACAUUUCGUUUUCCGUGGCUGGGCUUCUCUUCGUUCUCCCUCUUUUGCAUUCAAAGUCUACCCCCACCAACUGUCGGUUGCUGACUCAGUCGUUCGUGAGGUACCAGCUGGUUCAGACGUCCUACAGCCGAGUUCCAUUUUCCCACUGGUGAUAUCGUCGACGUUUCCCUUCCACACAAGAAUCCAACUGUCAAAGGGCGUAUUCUCUCUCUCUCCCAGUCAAACGUGCAGUUUGAGCUACUCCAGCAAUCAAAACCUCAGUUGACUCCUAGACUUCUCAAAACAAAUACCAAUUACAUAAAAUGGCCGAUCAACAAGACGUUAAGACCCCUAAAUUGGAGGAUUUGCCCAAAGUGGCUGAAAAUCUCAAGAGCCAACUGGAACAUUUCAACACUGGCGCAUUGAAGGACGUUGAAACCCAAGAAAAAGUGGUUCUGCCCACUGCCGAAGACGUGCAACAGGAGAAGCAGCACAACCAGUUCAUACAGAGUGUCGAAGGUUUCAGUACCGACGCCCUCCGUAAGACGGAAACGGUAGAAAAAGUCGUUCUGCCCAAUGCCGAAGAUGUGCAACAGGAGAAGCAACACAACCAGUUGAUUCAGAGCGUCGAAGGUUUCAGUCCUGAUGCCCUUCGGAAAACGGAAACGGUAGAGAAACUCGUCCUGCCCAAUGCCGAAGAUGUGCAACAGGAGAAGCAGCACAACCAGUUCAUUCAAAGUGUCGAAGGUUUCAAUACCGACGCCCUCCGUAAGACGGAAACGGUAGAAAAAGUCGUUCUACCUAAUGCCGAAGAAAUGGCCACGGAGAAAGCUGUGGAGACCGUGUUGAAGGGAAUCGAGGACUUUGACCCCUCUGUGCUGAAGCACACUGAGACCCAGGAGAAAGUCGUGCUUCCCGACGCCGAAGCCGUCCAACAAGAGAAGACGCAGCAGAAUUUGCUUCAUGGUGUUGAGUCAUUCGACAAGUCCGCUUUGAAGCCGACUGAUACCGUCGAGAAGAUUAUUCUUCCAGCUACGGAAGAUAUCGCUCAGGAGAAAGGUCAACAGCAAUUGCGCGAAGGUAUCGAGACCUUUGAUCCCGCUAAUCUGAAACACGCUGAAACCCAAGAGAAGAAUCCACUGCCAACCAAAGAAGCGAUCGAGCAAGAGAAGCAGAACUAGAAUUAGUUCAGCCGCAUUCUCCUCAUCUUUCAUAUGGUCGGUGGCGAGGGUUGGAAGACAUGUAUUCGACUAAUUUUACAUUGCCAUACAUGGUUUCGAGUCCAGCCAUUGGUUGCUCAGUUUGGACUCCAUCCCUUGAAUACGAUUCUUAUAUUUUUUUUAUGUUUUGUUUUAAAAUGAGAAAUCAUCAUUUGCGUGGGAGAAUGAAAUAAUUCAUGAGCACUUGCUGCACUUCCGAUAUUAACUUCUCUCCAUCUGUUUUUUUCUGCAUUACCAUUUGCCGAGUAGUACAGUAAUGAUCGCCUCGGAAAUAUUUGGUGUUGUCACCCUAUUUUCCAACUUAUCCUCAUAUUGGUGCUUGAUUAUUCCCCCACAAUUCAACGCUUUUUUUUUCUCUUGCUGAAUCUCUCGCGGUUGCCUUUAUAUCUUUCUCUAGUUCAUUACCAGAAAAAAUGCAAUUGUCUUCUAUUAGAGCUUCGUUUUCCUCAUUCCAUACAGAUUCGAUCCAUCAUACCUUAUCUGUUAUCUGCCAGUGCUGUUUCAUAAAAUGGAAAAAAUCGAAGUCUCAACUAGUUUCAACUAUCAAAGCCCCAGAAUCAUUUUGUUUUGUUUAUUAUUAUUUAAUCGUAUAAGUUCUUUAAUAAUCAUCGGGAGUCACUGGAGCUUGUUAAUAAACACCAAACUUGGAACCAA